AUGGCGCUCGCCCUGAAGUUGGUGGGAUGCGGCGUGCUGCUGAUCGCCCUGUCCUCGAUGCAGCAGAGCUUCGUGCCAGCGGUGUCUGGCAAGCAAGAGGUCCCUCGCCCCGAGAUCAACAUGGCGAGGCCCACGGCAAGGGUCGAUGGCAUUGAGGCCAGUGCCCCCAGCAGCAGCAUGAUGCCGCUGGCGUUUGGUCUGACUCUCGGCUUGGCCAUGGUGCUCCCUCAGAGGGCAAUGGCCGCCACGGGCAACGAGGAUGUCGGCGUCCUUCUCGACCGACUCUUCACCAAGGAGGCCCUGGGAGCCUUCGGCAUCGCGGGUCUGUCUUGGAACAGCUUCUACCUCCUCUUCGGCCUCUCUGGCAUCGGCGUCCUUGGCCUCGCGGUCCUCCUGACCGUCUUCUUGCCGCCCCCGCGCACCAUGGCGGACAAGUGA